AUGGGCAAAUAUGAGCACGCUCCACAAUAUUAUACAACAAAACUUAAAGCCAGCUCACUGGUAAAUUCUCCACAAUCAAAUCAUCGCUCGUUAGCAAGUACAUAUAGUAAUAUUGGAUUAGUUUGCUAUAAUCGAGGGGAAUACGCUGAAGCAUUAGAAUACAAUCAAAAGGCACUUCAGACUGAAUCGAAUUUAUUACUAUCAAAUCUUCCGUCAUUCGCAAUUACAUGCAAUAAUAUUGGACUAGUCUACGAUACGACAGGCGAAUACGAUAAAGCAUUAGAAUGUUACGGAAAAGCACUUGAAAUUCAAUUGAAUUCAUUGUCACUAAAUGAUCCAAGGUUAAUAGCUGCAUAUAAUAAUAUUGGGGCAGUUUACCGGAAGAAAGACGAAUGCAGUAAAGCAUUAGAAUAUUAUGAAAAGAUGCUUGGAAUGCAAUUGAUUUCAUUGCCAUCAGAUCAUCGAGCAUUAGCAGUUACAUAUAUUAAUAUCGGAUUAGUUUAUAAUAAGAAAAGUGAAUAUGAUAAAGCAUUGGAAUAUUAUGAAAAGACGCAUGAAAUUCGAUUGAAUUCACUACCAUCAGAUCAUCCAUCAUUAGUACCUGCAUAUUGCAAUGUUGCAAGAGCUUACUUUAAUAAAGAAGACUACCAUAAAACACUAGAAAAUUUGGGAAAGACAGUUGACAUUCAAUUGAUUUCAUUGCCACCAAAUGAUCCAGCAUUAGCAGCUACAUAUUGUAAGGUUGCAAGAGUUUAUGUUGAAAAGAAAGAAUACGAUAAAGCAUUAAGAUAUUAUGAAAAGGCAUUUCUGAUUGAAUUGAUUUCAUUACUAUCCAAUUAA